AUGGCGCGGCAGCUUUCUUCGCGUUCUCCAUUGUCGGCGCCCUCGUCGCUGUCUGACCGUCUACAGCGCGCGUCGUCGACGCCUGUUUCGUCGGAGCCUGGUAGCAAUAGCACUAGCAGCAGCAAUAGCAGUGGGAUCCGGUCGCAGACGCUUCUGGCGCGCCUGUUUCGGCGCAAGGAAAGGUCUCCGACGGCCCCACGGCCCCUCGCAGGGCGCUCGCUGUAUGGCGAAGAGGAGGAGACCAAGGCGCGCGUGGACUCGUCCAUGCGCGCGCUGCUGCGCUCACUCAGUCUCCAGCGCAACCGCCACAAAGCGGAGGAGCUGCGUGGUCCACCGUCACAGCCCGUACAGGUUCUGGUCGAAGGCGUGCUGACUGUACUCAUACAGCAGCGCUACUGGCGCUCCACGCCUUGCUAUUUUGUUCUGGAACAGACACUCGAGAGCGACGUAGGGACCUCCGCAAGGUUCACGCUGCGACAGUUCCGGUAUCAACCAGAGAGCAGGAGGCCUGGCCAUCUCGUGGCUAUUAUAACACUGUCACAAAACGACGUAGUAACAGAUAUGAGAUCUUAUCGACAGGUUAAACACGCACUGGAGUUGCAGUUGUCGUCGCCCGACCAGCGCUCGGAAGUUGCAACAGAAGAGAGGGAGGAAGAAAGCGGCGCACAGGUGCUGCGACUGGCAGCGGCGGACGAACGAAUGCACGUCAAGUGGCUACAGAUGUUGAACUCGUGCAUUGCCAAGUUGAUCACACAGGUGGAGACGCAGUCGCGACUGGGAGACACUGCAGGGUGGGACGCCGUGACGGAACCGGCAAAGAUCGUGCCGAUGUUUGGAGACGAAGGCAGGAGAUCUAGUAUACUGCUGACCAGAGACCGAGAGCCCAAUGGCAGUGGGGUCAGCUAUACGAGCAGUGAAUGCAGCAACAAUCACGCCGAGGCAGAAAUUCCCGCUGAGGAGAUUCGAGCAGCGAGACAAGAUCUUUUAUUUGAGGACGAAGACGAAGUUAAACUGGCGGUGCAGGACGUGCAGAUUACAGCACGAGUCGCUCCAGCUAGUACAAGCGAAGAGCUACUGACGCCAACAGCGAGUGGGUAUUGCUGCUCUCCUGACUUUCGAUCGAACGCGUCUUCGAACUCGCAGGACCCGGACACGGAUAAUAACAAUGCGACUAACGAGAAGGAAAGCAACAACCAAGAAGACAACCAAGGUGAAGAUGAUUCCGAAGAAGAUUCCAUCGCUGGAGACCUUGCGACGCAGAGUUCUGUGGCUCCAUACAAGAGUGCAGUGUUAGCAGGAAGAGGAGUGUCUACCUACGAGAGUGACGAGUACACAAAAGCCAGCUCGAGAGCAUCCGCAGCAGCGGUGAAUGGGCCCAGGCCACUUCCUCGCGCUGCCUUUGGCGCCACUAGCAGCAGCUCCGGGCUAUUUCCAAUGAUGCGGCCACAGACGCACUCUUUCAACGCCAACGGACAGGUGUUCACUCUGGAUACUCGCUAUCAGUUAGUCAAACCCAUCGGCAAUGGCGCGUACGGGGCUGUGAUCGCAGUCAAAGACGUUGUUAACGGCGGCGACAACUUGGCAGUUAAGAAGAUCACAAAUAUUUUCGAAGAUCUAGUGGACGCGAAGCGCAUUUUGCGUGAAGUCCGGCUGUUGGGCCACUUUCACCACAAGAACAUCACACGCCUACACGAUCUGUCGCCGCCUCCUUCUCGAAAGCAAUUCGACGAUAUGUAUAUUAUCACGGAGCUCAUGGAGACCGACCUACAUCAGGUCAUUUACUCGAUGCAGCCCAUGUCAGACGACCAUGUCAAGUACUUUUUGUACCAGAUGCUGUGUGCGUUGCAUCAUAUCCACUCGGCUGGCGUCCUCCACCGUGACAUGAAGCCCAGCAAUAUUUUGUUGAACGCAAAUUGUGACCUCAAAGUGUGCGACUUUGGUCUGGCUCGUGGAGGAGUUGGCUCAUCGUCGGGCUUGCAGCAAGAGCUACAGCAGCUUGGAGAACUCACCGAGUACGUUGUCACUCGAUGGUACCGAGCCCCAGAGAUCAUGUUGAACUGUCUUCACUACACGACAGCAAUCGACGUGUGGGCUGUGGGCUGUAUCUUUGCGGAAAUGCUCUUACGGGAGCCGCUAUUCCCAGGGAACGACUAUUUACAUCAACUCAAGCUCAUCAUCAAGUUCUUGGGCACUCCGAAGCAGGAGGAUAUCGGGUUUGUGAAGAACACGAAGGCACUGCGCUUCCUCACGAAGCUUGCGAUUUCGAAACCCAAGAAAUGGCGAGAUGUUUUUGCUACUAGUGGCGCUGAGAACUCCGUGAGUGCAGAGGCGAUUGAUCUGUUGAGCAAGAUGCUACUGUUCAAUCCAGACAAGCGAAUCUCGGUCGACGCAGCCUUACGACACCCGUAUCUGGCGACGUUCUUUGACGAGAACGACCUUGUUUCGUCCAAGCCGUUCGACUUUUCGUUCGAUCUGCCGGACGAUCAGUUGUCAAAGGAUGCUCUCAUUAAUCUUCUCUGUGAAGAUAUCGAGCACUUCCAUCCUCCAGUGCCUCUCUCCGUCACACCGAUGCCACUGAGUACCGCUGCCAGUCGCUUCUUCCGAAUGGGGAUGACAGCAUCAGCAAGUUAG